UUAAUAUGUUUUAAGUGCGUGUGUGUUUGGGGGGGGAGGGAGUGUUCGCCCAGGGCGCCAAACAGGCUAGGACUGCCACUGGCUCUUCCACUGUAACUAAAAAAACGUGUUGUUAAUUACUAAGGCUGUGAUGAUUUACAGCACUAUGUUCAACCUCGGUUGAAAGACAUUUGGGGGCAUAAUGUCAAAGAGCAAUAGCUAAUAUGUUAUUGUUAAAACUGGAACGUUUGAAAUAUUUAAAAAGAUUAUCUAAAAAUACGAAAAGGAAUCCAACAAUUGUAUCAAAUGUAAUAUAUAUAAGUGGAAAUUGGUAUUUAUAAUGUGUACUUGAACCUAGCAAGGCUAGAUUUUGAUCUUUUAUUUUGAAAGUUGUGGCGGAAGUUGCUAAAGAGACUACGGAUCCACUCCAAACAAAAACGGUCGGUACUCCAAACAAAAACGGUCGGUGCUCCGCAGCAUCCAUCCUUCUUUUCACCGGGUUUGAAAAACCCUUUCUCGGCGUGAAAACGGGCGGGCCGUCGCUCCUCUGCUGAGUCCACAGUGUUUGUUAAUGUCGAUUUAAUUCGCGGUUCGGCGGCUGGUGUCGUUUCUCGGUGGCUGAACAUGACGAGCUAUACAGGGUUUCACUCUCAGCUGACGUCCAUCAUGGAGGCGCUGACCAAAGCGGCGGUGGCGGAGAUCUGCGAGCUGGUGGACGACAGCUACGCGGUGCUGCGGCUGGAGAUCACCCGCAGCCACAAGGAGAACGAGGCGCUGCGGAGGAAACUGGAGCUCAUUGAGUCCAUCAUCGCCCGGGGUCACCGGGGCAGCGCCGCCGUGCUGGAGGAGGAGGAGGGCGGCGAGAGGCUGCUGGAUUUCACCGCGGAUCGUGCCUCGCCUGCUGCAGUCAGCGCCAAGCAGCCGAAGGCGUUAAACCUCAGACGAUGUGGACGUGUCGUGGUGCUGGAGAUGACCACGGAGGCGAGUCCUGCCAACAAAGAGGACGGUUCGACAGCAGCUGCAGAGGAGACAAACGAACAGGAUGUUGUUCUGAUAAAAGAGGAAACGCCAAAAGAGGAAGCUGAAUCUGACCUCGCUACAACAGACGAGCUGCUUAUCAGUGAGGACGGGACCGAGGUGCCGACGUCAGAGACCGAGGACAGUGAGCAGGGCGCUUCUCGGUUGAGGAUCUCAAACACAACCUGUGCCGACCUUCGGCCGUGGGACCAGAAUAAUAACGCAGUCUCAGAGCAACUCGUGCAUCACGAGUCCCGCAGCACGCCAGGAUCCCCGCGCCCUGCAGGGGGCAUCGAAUGCUGCUCCUCGGACAUCGUGUUUGACUUGGCGUCCGAGUCGGAAGACCGCGUUGCGUCUGCGGCUCACAGCAGGAAGUCGUUCCUGCUUGAGUCAGGAGGAAGCCCCGCCUCGCUGCCUGGGACCUCGGAGCUGAAGCGUGGCGUCUCCCUGAUCAGUUCACUGCCCUUUGACUCAGAGCUGGAUCUGUGCUCAUCAUGGACCAAUCAGGGCCUGCCGAGCAUGGUGCCCGUCCCUCACCGGCCGUACCUGAAGCCGGACCAGCGUCCCACGCUCAUGGACAAACCAUCUGACUUAAACGCCAGCGGUUUCCCUUUGGCGCUGGCGCUCAGUGGCUCCAGGCUGGACACUCUAGAGCUCAACCGCUACAGCAGGGACCGCCGCUUCGUCUGCAGCUACUGCGGCAAGUGCUUCACAUCCUCCCGGAGUCUGGAGACGCACGUGCGUGUGCACACCGGCGAGCGGCCGUACAGCUGCGCUCAGUGCGGCAAGCGCUUCACGCAGUCGGGUCACCUGAAGACGCACCAGAGUGUGCACACCGGGGAGCGGCCUUUCGCCUGCGAGCACUGCGGGAAGAGAUUCGCCGGCAAGCAGAACCUGAGGAUCCACCAGCAAAAGCACCAUCAGGGCGAGCAGGCGGUCGCAGUCCAAACAGGUUCCUCUCGCGGCUCCAUUGCGCUCACCUUGCGGCUCCUUGUGGUCCGGUUCGGGUUCCGUUGGUUCGUCAGGAUGUCCGGUUUAAGCAGCAAAGCUCUCCACGAGCAGCUCUCCGUCAUCAUGGCCGCGCUGACCAAAGCGGCGGUGGCGGAGAUCUGCGAGGUGGUGGAUGAAGGAGAACGAGGACCUGAAGAAGAAGCUACACCUCAUCGAGUCCAUCGUGGUCCGGGGGAGCAGCGGGGGAGGAGGAGGAGGAGGAGGAGGGGGGAGGCUGCGGAGGGAUCGGAGGUAUCGGAGGUUUCACCGUCGGCGGAGGCUACGCAGCAGUCGGGAACACCCCAGCAGCAGCGGGAAGGUGACGGACGAGGAGCCGCUGCUGGAGCGGUGCGGGAGGAGCUUCCAGAAGUGGUGCUGAUCAAAGAUGAGGACUCGGACAGUAACGACGCCUUUGAGGAAGGUACUAAGUUAACAGCUGAUGGGGUGGCGCCUGCAGCCAGAGAGGGCAUCACAUCGACUCCCAUCGGUCGGCGCACAAAGAGGCGCUGGCGUGAAAGCUUGGAGUCCGAGAAGAGGUCAUCUUCUGAGCAGCUGGCACAGAAAACAUCCGACCUGACAGCAGGGACGCAGAAGACCGUGUCCGUCUACACUCUGGACUCUCCCGAUCAUGAGGCGGGGGGCUCCGAGCAGCUCGACGACGACGUCGAGAUGGAACCCGGCGAGUCUGCUGAGUCGUACUCGUCACAGAUGGACCCCGACAUUCAUCUGGUUGAGGAGUGCUCGCUGGUUCCUCCGAGCACCAACAGGCCGGUUUAUUUCAGCAGCGGCGCUCUGAUCGAGUCUCCGUCAAACCGAGCAGACCUCGAUCUGACCGUCGACCCAGGGUGGCCCAAACAGUCAAAGGGUCAGGUGACUUUUACUGCGUUUCACCAAGACGGAAACACGGACGGCGACGCCUUUGGACUGAAGCUGCUCAGCGUCUCGGGCUCGACCCCCACAGACUGCCAGCUGUCUGAAGCCAGCAGCUCUGCCUUCGAGUACGAAGACGGCGGCGACGUCUUGAACUUUACCCUCUACAGGGACCAGGCAGGGCGGUCGCAGCUCUGCAACGGGCAGCCGAGCACGGGAGGCAGAGGGAAGCGCUUCGUGUGCUCACUCUGCAACAAGACGUACGCCACGUCGCAGAACCUGGAGGUCCACAUGCGCAUCCACACGGGCGAGAGGCCGUUCAGCUGCGAGCAGUGCGGCAAGAAGUUCACCCAGUCGGCUCACCUGAAGUCGCACCUAAGCGUUCACACGGGCGAGCGGCCGUACGCGUGCACGCUCUGCUCCCGGAGCUUCAUCGUCAAAUACAGCCUCAAGUUGCACAUGAAGAAGUGUCACCCAAACGUCCCGAGCGACCCCUCUAACGGUGGAGUCUUCGGUCCUGCCUCGAGCCCGCGGUGUGGAUUGUUCUGCUUCAGAUACACGCACGCGCUGGAUUGGACAAUGUCCCCGGCUGCCGCCUUCCACGCGCAGCUCGCCUCCAUCAUGGAGGUGCUGGCCAACACGGCCGUGGCGGAGAUCUGCGAGCUCGUGGACAGCGGCUACUCGGUGCUGCAGCUGGAGAUCUCGCGGAGCCGCAAAGAAAACGAGGUGCUGCGGAGGAAACUGCGCCUCAUGGAGCUGCGGGCCGCCCGAGCGACUGCACUGCGAGCCGCAGUUACUGCCAGCGGCAGCGCGGUACUCCACGCGAGCGGCCGCGCACGAGCCGAGCUGAAGAGGAACGCGACCGCGACAGGUGAGGUAGUCUUGUCCAGAGUGUCCAAUCAGGCGAUGCCUCCCUGCAGAGACCACAACUCACCUGCAGAGUCGAGACAGGAAACCACACAGAAUACGCAGCCUGCAGAUGACAUAGCUACCACAGCUGCUGUGAUCAAAGUGGAGGACGAUGACUGCGUUUCCUGGUCCCUGUCUGAGCCGGACAGUAAGUACAAGAAGCUGAAGAGAGCCUUCCUCCUCCUGUUUGAGGAACUCAAGGGACAGGUGGAGGCGGAGGCUGCGAUCAAACAGGAAACUGCAAAUAACAGUGGCAUCUCGUGGACGAGUGGGGAAGUCAGCUCUACCUCCACCUCUGUCCAGAACACCCAGAGGUCAGAAACCAGCAGUUACGACUGUUUGAUAUUUGAGCCGCAGCUUCAGCUUGGCUCCUGCACCACCCAAAAUCCUCUGGGAGCGGAGGCCGGCUGCUCAUCAGCGUCCAAUUCAGGUGGCAGCUUAAUGUUCCCGCUCAGCAAGGCGAGUCUGUCUGCAGCAGAGCGACCUGCAGGUUUCCAGAGCAGCCAGCAGAGGGCGGUGCCUGCGGACGAGCUUCCUGUUAGGAAGGAGACGCCAGGAGAACAUCGCUCUUUCAUCCGGAGGGGCGGGUGGAGACAGGAUGCCAUCAGCAGAGCGGCAAGCCACAGAGGCGAGGACAGUGGGGGAAAGUCAUUCGUCUGUAACUGCUGCGGGAAAAAGCUCGCCUGCCUCAAGAACCUCAAAACCCACAUGAGGGUCCACACCGGCGAGAAACCGUUCGUCUGUGCGCUCUGCGGUAAACGCUUCUCAGACUCCAGCAACCUCAAACGCCACCAGAGCGUCCACACGGGCGAGAAGCGCUACGGCUGCGUCCACUGUGGCAAACGUUUUGCCCAGUCGGGAUCGCUGAAGGUCCACAUGACCGUCCACACAGACUGCAAACAGUUCAGGUGUUCGUACUGCAACAAGACAUUCAUAUCCGGCAGCCACCUGCGGCGCCACAUCACUCUCCACGCAGGAGAGAAACACUUUGGCGCCGUGCAGUGACAGCCGGGAGGAGCGGCAUUACAGAUGUGUGCGGUGAGGUAGUCUCAGAAACACGUGACCGACUGUAAAAAUGUGUAUCAUGUAUGUUUGAACACAGAUGUUCUUGGAUCACCUGCCAACGCCUCUAUAUGUUUUAUUGGAACAUAUUGCAGCAGACAGUUUGGAUACCAGGGAUCGGCUCGAUUUCAAGCCUCUGCUUCCAGUUUUAUUCAGACUUCUGAGUCGCUCUUAGUCUGGUCUUCUUCCCAGGUGAGGAGACACCUGGACAGAUUAGGCCUUGGUUAUUAAUAAUAAUAACAACAACAACUUUAUUUAUAUAGCACUCUUUACAGGAUAAGAACCUAAAGUGCUUCACAAUAAUAUAAAACAAGUGUACAUAAAACAACACAAUCGAUCAUACAGCACAAAUCUAGUUAAAAGCCAAUCUAAAUAAAUGAGUCUUUAGCUGCCGUUUAAAAGAAUAAAUACAAUCAAGGCAACUUAAAGAUGGAGGCAAAGCGUUCCACAACCUGGGGGCCACCGCUCUGAGAUCUGUCUCCUCUGGUCUUAAAAUGUGUUCGUGGGACUACUAACACUGAUUAGAUGAUGUCAGGCUGUGAGAGGGAGCGUGGGGACCUAAAAGAUCAGAUGUGGGCAGGAACGUCACGACGUUAGAAGUCAGUACUACGAGUUUGAAAUGUACUGGAAGCCAGUAUAAUGAGAAUGUGCCGUCUGUGCAGCCAAGUUGGCUGGGGACAUCCUCAGUGUCCCCCCAGAAGAGCUGGAGGCAUCUGGUUCUCUGUCUAAACUUUGACCUUUGACCCAGGUAACAGAAGGAAGGCAAGAAAGGGCUUUGUGUCCAUCAGGUAUUUGUCUGGGGCAUCAAGGUAGUCACGUUUAAUUAAAACUCAGCUUCAGUUAACUAAAAUAAAAAGUCAAACAGUAUCCAUGCUUACUAAACUAAAACCAAAGUGUAAUCGUACUUUCAGUCUUUGUAAAGUUGCUGAACCCAAAUAAAGCCUGAGGAGCUGUUGCUGUGUGCCUGUGUACUCCUCUGAGGGCCUAAAGUUAAACACUGGAGCUCUCCUGAAUCCAUUCGCUGACACUGAGGUGUCUGCAAGGCUGCUGUUGGUAUUAUAACCCCUUACAUUUAUUAUAAUUGAUAUAAAACACUAAAACUAAACUACUAAAAUCAAACAUUUCUAAACAGUAAAAACUAAGCAAACCCACAAAAUCCAAAGCUAACAGCUCUGUUUGGAUAAAGUGGAUGGAUACUGAAGUCUGGUCACGUCUGCAGAGGGAGGGCACCUGAGACUUUCCUGGACUUCUGUUUCUCCAGCAAUGGUUUCCAGCUCCUCCGGAGACGCUCCCGGGAUGUAUGUCAAGUGAAUUUCUGGUCUCCUCUGGAUCCAACUUCACCCAACUGUGAUUGGAAGACCUCCAAGGGAAGGUGCCGAGGAGGCAUGCUGAUUGUGUCCUAAACCUCCUCAGAUGUAGGAACAGUAGAUCUAGGUGGAGCUCCUCACCUCCAUCUCUAAACUGCCGCCCAUGUGAGCCGAUGUGACGACCAGAGGUCGCUGACAGUUGAGUGAAGUUUAGAUACAACAGGCCAAGUAAACAAUAGUUUUUCCCUGAACUUGUAUGUGAGCGAUUAAAGAGACUACAAAUGAGAGUGAAGGUGGCACUGAUGCCUCACAGCCAGAACGUCCUGAGAUCAGCUCCAACACCUGGGCGGGGCAUUUCUGUGUGGCUUCCCCCAACAAUCCAAAGACAUAGCUCUGAAUGUCAGUUCUCUGUGUCUCUGUGUCGGCGAUGUGUCAGGUUUGCGACCUUUCUGUGGUAGCUGGGAUAGGCUCCACGCUCUGAUAAGGAUAAGUGGAAGAGAACUUGUACUUCCUGUUUCAAAUUUCACUGGUCAUGUCACCAGGCGGGGACUGAAAAUAAUCCUUCAGAAGUCUUGUGGUUUUUCAGUAGCAGGUGUUUUAUACAACGUUCAUGUCUGAAACUAGCCUGUGGUUGUGUGAAGGUAACCAAUGUUUGUAAUGACUGUACAUCGAGUUUCAUUGUGACUGACGUCUAACUGAAGAAACGCUGAACGAACUUCCUUUUCUUGUUUUUUUACAUCAUUUUGAAUAAAAGCAGCUGCCAAAAUCA